AAAUAAUUUUGGAAGGCAUGUAUUUUUGCCAAAUACAAUAUAUCUGCUCAGGUUUUUACUUGUAGCAAUAUUUAGUUAUAAAUGCUUGAUAAAACAGUAACAAAAGCAUAAAUCUGUUUGGUUAAACAAAAAUAGACCUGCUCACUAAACUGAAUAUAUAAUUUAAGUCAUUGCUUAUAUUUUUUUCACUUUCUCUGUCAUUAAACAUCUUCCCUUUCUAAGCGACAGCUUGUAAAUAAAAGUUACAGUCUGCUGAUCAAAAUAUUGGCAGCAGCUGUAGGAUAACUUGUCCACCAGUUGGUCUGGUGUCUUCUGACUCCUCGGGUAGGAGUCGGGUUUCAGAUGGUCGACCUAUUCAACACGCUCCAUCAAUAAUGCAACGUCGACUGAUGUGCUUGUUGUUGAAAUCCGUCCUGCAUUUCACAGCCCUCGUUUCGCACCUCCUCUUCCCUGUAACGCGUCUCAUUAAUAAUGCCCAAGGCAGAUCAGGUGCAGGGUUGCAGGUUGAUUUGAAGGUGAGGAGUACGUUUUUUUUUCUCUAAGUACAGAGCAGCCUAACGGGGAACAUCUGAUCGAUGGACAUCAAUCAAUGAGGAGAAAUCAAUGCAUGUUUCUGUAAAGGCCUAAUUUAUUCUAAUCAAACAUGAAAUCUGUUCUUAGCCCGGUUCCGCCUCAGCUGAUGUUCUCUGUAGUAAAAGGAUAAAUUUGAUCUUUUUACAAUUUUGUAUUUAACUACAAUCACUGCUUUACUGGGAGGACAAUAAAGAUGUGGUCUUCACCAACUGUUCGUAUGGUUUGCAUCCUAUUUGGGAUCAUAAGUGAUAUCACACCGGUGUGUUCACAACCCAGAUUAGUUCCAGGACAGAACAACAAGAUGACUGCUGAGGACAGCAAGUUAGGAGAGGACAUCCAAAAAGUCAUUGAUGAAAUCCACCUCCUCUCUGAGCAAAACUCACGCAGCUUUGCUGUCCCCUCCACAGAGGACCAUCUCAACCUGAAUACAUACUAUAGCAUCCUCAGUAACCUCUACAGGCUUUUUCAACCACUGAUGAGAGAGGGUUUUUUUGAUGACCUGCCUAAAAUACUGGUUUGCCUUCUCUCAGAGAGACAUGACUGUGGCCUAGAGGCAGAGCUAACAAAGACAGUUUCAUUGGAGAUGGGGAAGCCGUUCCUUAUGUUUUUCUCCUCACUCAGAUCUCAGACCUGUGGUCCAAUGACCCCCGAUGGAGAGUCGAGGAGCUUCUUUGGGACCUACCUCAAUGUUGGAAGCACACUGACAUCGGCAUUUAGUGGUUUUCAGCAGCUGUUCAUUAACAUGCUGUCAAACCUCAUGCUGUCUGAGAACUUGACUAAUGUUCUGCGUAGCCUUCUAGAUUCACUUUCAGCCAAUGUGCUACAUUUCCUAUCAAUGUUGCUUGAAAUACCAGUUGAUUAUGUGAGAAUAGCCUUAGAGUUUGGAAUUGAAGUCCCAUCCCUGGAUGGACAAGACACCUGCCAGCAAGGCGAUCUCAAGCAGCUAAUUAUGUGGGGACUAAAGCACAACGUGAGUUGGUCUUUUGGCGUCCCACUUGUUGACAUCCUCCUGGAAUCCUUCCUCCCCUUAGAUGAAUCUUUGAACAAUUAUCCAGGAGCAGGAUGCCACAGUCCUUCCAGCAUCCUCUUUCAGCGCAGCGCAUCACCACCAAACAAACCCACCGAUAUCCGCUACAAGAUGUCGUGUGAUCAUCACAACCUGGCGAAUAUCAAUGACACUCUCUGUGCUGAUGUCCUCAUGGGUUUAGGAAAUGCAUCUCUGUCUUUGUUAACCUUUUGCAAAGCCCUGGGCUCCCUGAACAGCAGCCAGAUGGAGCAUGUGUGGAGCAACAUGUGUUAUAUUUUUCAGAUGUUGACGUCUCCACUGAUCAACAAGUCAUCUAACUGUGUUGUUGAGGACACCCAGCCCUCUGCUGUGUCCAGCCCUCUGAACGAGUCUCAGCUGGUCCCUCCUUCAUCUCCUCGCCGAGUUGCCAGGGAGGCUUCAAGGCUCCAACAGCUGGACUGCAAUUAUAGCAGCUGGUUGAACAGCACUGCAGAUGCUGCUCUUGUGUCUUUCUGCAGGGAUAAUGAUAAUAAAGAGUUUGUGAGGCAGGUCUGUAACAAUGCUUCACUGAUGAAGAAGCUGCUCUUAGAUCAGGCGAACAUCUGGCUAUAUGGAUUCUGUGCUAACUCCUCUGCAGAUGAUGUGUACAUGGUGAGUCAGUUCUGCAGGUAUGAGCAGUGGAUUGACCAGCCUUCUUAUCAAGUGGGUGCUGCCCUGCUGCAGUUUUGUAUCAGCCUUGAUGCUCCAAGGCUCACCAGUCUAAUUUGUGAGCACACUGGAUUUUUCAUGCUUCUAAACUCCAACCCUGACAACUGGCAGCUGAUGCCCAACUGCACAAAUUCACGCCCUCCAGCACCGUUCCCUAACCCCAGUUUAUUACAACUGGAUUCCUGCCAAUACUCACAGUGGCACAACGUGAUGCAGAUUACCACAGAUAUUUUAUCAAAGUGCAUCCUUAUUGAUCAGAUCAGAUUUGCGACUGAGGUUUGCGCGAAUAAAACCUUUCUUAGCAACCUUCUGCAAAAUAAGGACAUUGCAUGGCUGGAAACCCACUGCAGCACCUUUUUGGUUGUUCAACCCACUGAACCAAUUCCAACCUUUGACCUGGCAGCGUGGUGCGACUAUCACACCUGGGGGGAGAGGCAGGUGGACGAUUCUGUUGUUGGCCUCUGCUGGCAGAAUGAUCAAGCUGCUUUUCAGGAGAACGUAUGCUGCAAGAUAGCUGUGUUUGAAAAGUUGCUGGAAAACCCUAAGAACAAGUGGCUCACAACAGUCUGCACUGACAUGGAGAAAAUAACCGUGACACCACAGCUUUGCAGGUACUCUGACUGGACCCAUCCUAUCAUCGUGGAUAUGACUGAGCUGGCUCUCUGUGCUGAGAUUGACCCACAGAACUUCACUUCCAAAGUCUGUGCUAAUGCUACAGUCAUACAGAACCUUCUGGCCAAUCAGGAUAAUGCAUGGCUGGUACAGUACUGCAGCAACCACUCAAGCUCAGUGAGCCCUCCUGUUACAGGUGGAGGACAGACCACCCUAACUGGAUUCAUAGUCUUUGAGCGGUGUGUGUACUCCAACUGGAUCACAUCUCUUCCAAAUGCAACACUCCUGGCUCAGUGCUGGGAGAACGACCAGGCCAAUUUUGUCUCAUCUAUCUGCCCUAACCCUGUCCUCCUUUUGCUUCUGUCCCGGGAGCCAUCUACAGCCUGGGUGAGCAGUAUGUGUACUACCUUUACUAACUACACCAACACCCCCACAAAGAACAGCACCACAACAGUACCCAACACCUGUGCAUCACAGACUCUAAUGAAGCAGUUAACCUUAUUGUGCCCAAAAUACCUCAUCCAAGACUGUCAGCCUUGUCCCAGUGAGAACAUGAUCCUACAAAUGAUGGUGCGCUGCUGGGUGGAGAGUCUGAGCUCAAGGAUGGAGAGUCUGCUGACUACGCCUGUGACUGAGGUGCUAAAUAAGGCAGUUGCUACUACUGUGGUGAUCCUGCUGGCUGUAGAGGACUCAAUGGGUCCCAUUUGGCAAGUCAACAACACCAUAAGACAAAACGUCCUGGCGUCUAUUGUUGACUUUUUAAAAAGAGAAACCAACCAGGACAAGAAGACAGUGUUGCUACAAUGCUUUGGGCUUUGCAGGUACUCUGACUGGACCCAUCCUAUCAUCGUGGAUAUGACUGAGCUGGCUCUCUGUGCUGAGAUUGACCCACAGAACUUCACUUCCAAAGUCUGUGCUAAUGCUACAGUCAUACAGAACCUUCUGGCCAAUCAGGAUAAUGCAUGGCUGGUACAGUACUGCAGCAACCACUCAAGCUCAGUGAGCCCUCCUGUUACAGGUGGAGGACAGACCACCCUAACUGGAUUCAUAGUCUUUGAGCGGUGUGUGUACUCCAACUGGAUCACAUCUCUUCCAAAUGCAACACUCCUGGCUCAGUGCUGGGAGAACGACCAGGCCAAUUUCGUCUCAUCUAUCUGCCCUAACCCUGUCCUCCUUUUGCUUCUGUCCCGGGAGCCAUCUACAGCCUGGGUGAGCAGUAUGUGUACUACCUUUACUAACUACACCAACACCCCCACAAAGAACAGCACCACAACAGUACCCAACACCUGUGCAUCACAGACUCUAAUGAAGCAGUUAACCUUAUUGUGCCCAAAAUACCUCAUCCAAGACUGUCAGCCUUGUCCCAGUGAGAACAUGAUCCUACAAAUGAUGGUGCGCUGCUGGGUGGAGAGUCUGAGCUCAAGGAUGGAGAGUCUGCUGACUACGCCUGUGACUGAGGUGCUAAAUAAGGCAGUUGCUACUACUGUGGUGAUCCUGCUGGCUGUAGAGGACUCAAUGGGUCCCAUUUGUCCACCCCAGACUCUGAGGGGAGCUCCUAGGGUGGGAGUUGAUUACAUCCAUGUCAAGGGCUCCAGCAGAUGUCCCCAGCAGACCAUCGCUACUCACUUUGGCCUGCCCUAG